UUGAAACCCAGCAAAGCAUACUAUCCACAGCCUCGACCACGGCGGGUUUUGUAUUGACAUAAGUGGGCAGGGCAACCGUUAUUUUCGUGGAUAUGGCACUUAUCAAUAAUCUUCGCGGUUUAAGAUUAGUCUAUCCAGCAAUCCCCGGUGGUAUUCUCUUCCCCAAAACCCUUACAAACUUCAGAGCUAAUUUUAAACCCUAUUUCGUUUCAUCUCCUCAUAAAACCAUUAUCAUCAGUGCCGAAAUCUCUGCAAAGCCGUCGCCAGCACAACAACAACAACAAAACUCUUUCACUGUCAGUUACCUCAUAAACUCAUGUGGGUUGUCCCCAGAAGCUUCAAUCUCAGCUUCACAAAAACUACAGCUUCGAUCCCGUGAGAGACCAGACGCCGUUUUGGCCCUUUUAAGAGAUUAUGGAUUCUCAAAAACUCAGAUCUCUAAGCUUAUUAGAAAACGCCCUCGGCUUCUUUUAGCCGAUACUCAGAAAACCCUUUUGCCUAAACUAGAGUUUUUUCAUUCAAUAGGUGUUUCACAAUCUGAUCUUACUAGAACACUUUCUUCUGACGUCACACUAUUGACUAGAAGCUUAGAGAACCAAAUUAUACCUUCUUAUAACUUCCUCAGGAGUGUUUUAUUAUCCGAUGAAAAGAUUGUUUCUGCUUUAAAGCGCACAACUUGGAUUUUUCAUGAAGAUUAUUCCAAGAGUCUGUUACCUAAUGUUGGGUUUUUGAGUGAACUAGGGGUGCCACAGAAGUGUAUAGCAUUGUUAUUGACUCAUUUUCCAGAGGCUGUGAUGCAAAGACAUGAAGAGUUUUGUAAAACUGUGAGAGAGGUUAAGGAAAUGGGGUUUGAUACCCAGAAAACAACAUUUGUGUUAGCAGUACAUGUGAUUUCUGGGAAGGGUAAUAAGUCGAUACGGAAACGGUGUAUUGAGGCGUACAAGAGUUGGGGUUGGUCUGAAGACAUGAUUCUAGCAGCAUUUAGGAAGCACCCGCAUUGUAUGAUUUUGUCAGAGAAGAAAAUCAUGAGAAGCAUGGAUUUUUUUGUGAACAAGAUGGGGUUGCCAUCAGGAAUGAUUGCGGAAUGUCCGGUGGUGUUGUUUUUUAGCAUGGAGAAGAGAAUUAUCCCUAGAUGUUCAGUUAUUGAAGUUUUGUUGUCCAAGGGAUUGAUAAAGGAUAUAAGGUUAAGUACUGUGUUACUGCCUGCGGAGAAGUGCUACUUGGAGAGGUUUGUGAUGAAAUAUAAGGAGGAAGUGCCUGAAUUGAUGAGUGUUUAUAGAGGGAAGGUAGACUCUCGAGGUUUGAUGUGAAUUUGUUGAAACGAGGGAAGAGUUGUUUGUUUUUGUGCAUUUCAUUGUUACUUAAACUUGUUGGAAUAGAUGUAAAAUAUGUUUUUAAGUUAAUGAUA